GUAAUAAAUCAAGUGAGAAGUAGAGUCAUUUUCUCACAGACUUCCAUCCAACCAGAGCAGACGCCUCCUGCUCGCUUUUAGAAAGAAUGCAAUUAUAAUUCCUCAAUUCACCAGAGUCAUUAGCAAUCAUCCUCUGGGAAAAAUAGCUAUAUUUACAAACGUUCAUGGAGAUCUAUCCACUAGUUUCUGAGAUAUUUCAGUUUUCAGUCAAAUUGACAACAUUCCUUUCACACAAAAUAGUAUUUAAUUUUUUAUGUAAUUUGUCAAAUUGUUGCUUUUUUCUUAUGAAAUAAUACCUACCUCCUCCAGCUGCAUAGGUUGUUUUUUUUUAAGAGAAACAUCCUGAGAACAAUGAUGAUGAGAGGUCACAACAAGGCUUCUUCUGAUGGUGUCACAUGCCACAAAAGUAGAAUAAUGUAUAAUCAACAGAUUAAUUGAUAAUGAAUCGCUAUUUGCAAACAAACAGCAUCAACACAUCUCUCAAAAUACAAGCAAAACCUUUUGAAUCCCUCUCCACUCAUUCUGUUACCUGCUGAUUAAUACUCUGCACAAUAGAGCGUGUAGAGUGUGCAGGCACAAGAUGAGCAGAAACAUGUUAUGUAAUUUACUCCAUUUGAGUGAAUUGACCCCCUCCUCCCUCUGUAGCGGCUGCAGCUCCUAAUGUAGUCAAUGUUGUUUGAUAAUUGCACUGCUGUAUGUAGCCAAAGGAUAGAUGCUGAACAUUUGGGUGAGAGGACGUGUUCCCCUGAAUGCCCCUCUGGGUUAUUCAGCUCGCGCACACACACACACACACACACACACACACACACACACACACACACACCAAACAGAAAGAGUGGAUAAAAUAAAAUUAAAAAAAGCUCAAUCUGACGCAGGAUUGUGUCGUUGCAGAAUGUGUGAAAGAGAAGGGGAUGGAUGAAGCUCGGGCUGAAAAGAGAAAGGGGUGGAGAGAGAGAGGCAGAGGAGAGUAGUGUGUGUGUGUGUGUGUGUGUGUGUUAAAAGAGGGGAACCAGAGGCAGGGGGGCUGGCAGACAAAAGUGAGAGAAGGGAGGGAGGAAUGAGGAGAAGGAGGAGGGGGAGGCGGUGCUAAGGCAGACAGCAGGGAAGGAAAGCUGAGAAGAGGAACAGUGGAGUGAAGUGAGAAGAGAGAGGAGGAGGAGGGCUUCCAUUUGAAAGUCCUUGUGUCAGGAUAUGAGGUCCUGGCACGCUGCAGGAAGCUGGAGUGUUGUAGAGAAGAGGUAGACGACAGGGGAGACGAAGGAGAGACGGGGAGAACCUGAGCCAGCAGAGACUGGAGUGAUUUGUACUUUUUUUUUUUUUUUUUACCCCGAGGGACAGAGACAAGUGGAGGCAGCGAUGCAGAGCUCUCACUGGGAGUGUGUGGUGUGUCUGACGCCGUCAGGGUGCCAUGGCUUUGGUUCAGGCAUUACCUGUGACCGUGACUGACCACCCGAAUCCAGGUCUCGACGUGCAGCAGUGCCGGCCACCAUCAUCCCAUUCCCCCUCAGGCCCCUGCCCCGGCCCCUGUGGGCCCUGCAGCUCCGGGAUCGCCAUGGGUUCUGUCAGCAGCCUAAUAUCAGGCCGGACGUAUCAGGAGAGACACUGCCGGGCCGCCAGCGAAUUCGCCACCAAGUCACGCCGCUCCACGCCGGCCACCAGCUGCUUCCGGCUCCAGGAUAACUCCCUCCGCAGCGGGAGCUCCCUGGAGCAGCUGCUGGUUAUCAGCAACCAAACGCUUCCCCAGGCUCAGGUUCUUCCUCCGCCGCUGCCCACCAAGAAGCAGCCCCGGCCUGGUAACUCUGCUGGGACAGGCGGUGGCACGUCUGCUGGAGCAGUAGAUGGUGGCACGAAUGGGAACUUGGGGUUUGUGAGCGACGAGGUGGUGAUUGGAGACUGGAACGAUAACCUGGUAGUGGCAGCUGCAAGCCCCUGCAGUGACUCAGAGGACCAAAGGGACAACAGGACUCUCAAUGGCAACAUUGGAGGGCCUCCUCCCAAACUCAUCCCAGUGUCCGGGCAGCUAGAGAAGAACAUGGAAAAAGUGCUGAUCCGUCCUACAGCGUUCAAACCGGUCGUUCCCAAGAAUCGUCACUCUGUGCAGUACUUGUCACCACGGCCAGGGGGCAGCAGUCUGUCAGAGAGCCAGGCCAGCCUCAACCUCCUGCUGCCCCUCGGAGGGUCCAACGGCACCAGCGGCGCAAACGGCAUCGCAGGGAGCACCAGUUCCAGCUCUGAAGGGAAGCGCAACUCCUACAGCGGAGGUCGUAAUGCUCGGGGCAGCCAGUCCUACGCCAUGUCAGAUUCAGGGAGGAACUCCCUCUCCAGCCUCCCUACUCACAGCAGCACAGGCUACAGUCUGGCCCCCAGUGAGGGCUCCAGCUCCGGGUCUGGCUCCGGGGUCCAGCUGGAGCCCGUGCAAGGCUUGGGCCGAAACACUUCAGGUGUAAGUGGGAGCCACGGCCACACUAACUCAGACAGUGGACGUUCCUCAUCCAGCAAGAGCACAGGCUCGGGGUCGCUAAGCGGGCGCGGGCAGCCGCUGUCGGACAGCGGGUCCUGUGGACACUCGCCGCCACUCGUGGAGGGCUACGAGGCGGUGGUGAGGGAGCUGGAGGAGAAACUGAGGGAACGAGACCUGGAGCUCCAGCAGCUCCGGGAAAAUCUGGAUGAGAAUGAAGCUGCCAUCUGCCAGGUGUAUGAGGAGAAGCAGCGUCGCUGUGAAAGAGAGAUGGAGGAGCUGAGACAGAGCUGUGCAUCAAAGAUGAAGCAGGCUUCUCAGAAGGCCCAGAGGGCACAACAGGUGCUACAGUUACAGGUAUUUCAACUACAGCAGGAGAAAAAGAAGCUGCAGGAGGACUUCUCCUCGCUGCUACAGGACAGAGAGACGCUGGAAAGGAGGUGUGCCACCAUCCAGAGGGAGCAGACCCAGCUGGGGCCACGUCUGGAAGAGACAAAGUGGGAGGUGUGUCAGAAGUCAGGAGAAAUCUCCCUCCUGAAGCAGCAGCUGAAGGAAAUCCAGUCCGAGCUCAGCCAGAAGGCCGGAGACAUCGUGGUGCUGAAGGCCCAGCUGAGAGAAGCCCGUUCUGAGCUACAAGCCAGCCAGGCUCGAUCCCGCGAGGCCGGGCUGGCCGUGCGGACACGAUCUCUGGAGCUAGAAGUCUGCGAGAACGAACUCCAGAGGCGCAAGAGCGAAGCUGAGCUGCUCCGGGAGAAACUGGGCCGUUUGGAAGAAGAGUCAGCCCGCCUCCGUGACACUCUGUCCAACUACAGCGGACACUCUCUACCUGGAAAUCUAAGCAUGAAGGGGCAAUGCAUGAGCCUGUCCCUCCAACAGGGUAGAGGGAUGGCAGGGAGGGGCGGUCCCAGUCCGUCUUUGUACCGAGAUGCAGAGGAGACUCACCUUGUCUGGGGAGGGGAGAGUGAUGAAGCCAAGGCUCAGAGGCAGAAUGCAGAAGCAGUGUUGGGAUUCAGACAACAGGUGGACAGGCUGAAGGCUGAACUCAUGUACGAGAGGAGGACUAGUGAGGAGCAACUGUCACGGUUUGAGGAUGAGAGGAGGGUGUGGCAGGAGGAGAAGGAAAAGGUAAUCCGCUACCAGAAACAGCUGCAGCAGAACUACAUCCAGAUGUACCGCAGAAACCGGGAUCUUGAGCGAGUGAUGAGGGAGCUGAGUCUGGAGCUGGAGAACAGGGACAUGGAGGACUAUGAGGUUCACAGUGGCAGCAACGACAUCCACUUUGAGGAAAUCACCGCCACUGAGAUCUAAACACACACACACACACACACAUGCUCUUAUAGUAAUAUGUGCACAGAAACAUAGAAACACAACACACAAAAGACUCUGGGGAUGUCAACCAAACAUUGAAGACCAGGCCAAAUACUGCACUAUCUUCAACAUGGCUUUACCUGGACCACUGAGCAAGCAUUCACAACUCGUCACUGUCAAAAGGGAAAUCUCCCAAAGGUGCAUUCUUACUUCAGUACUCCAAUAAAUCCUUAUAAAGUCUCCCUUCUGACACUUUUAACAGGUUUUACUCCACUACAAAGCCAGCACAAAGACUUAUUUUCUUCUGUGGGAGCAAAAGCAGUGAAGAAAGUAUUUCUUCCUCAGACUACGUUCAAAUCAGGGUAUCGAGAAUAGUCGGGAACUUGAAGCAGAAAAAUGUUACUUACAGGCGCAGCAGUGUGGUCAAAGUGCAGUCACCCCUUUCGCGAUAGCGCACAAGGUUAAACACCCGGCCACCAGCAUGUAAUGAUGCCUCAUGACAGCAGUCCCAUCAAACACCACCGCUGCUGGCUGUUAAUGAUGAUCUCAUCAACCGUCCAAACAACAGCAGCAACUGCACUAGUCCUCCAAGUAACUGCCGAAGGGAAACUAACACCAAACGUCUGCUCUUUGUAUUUCAUGGUGUUCGGAGGAUCAGCAGUUCAUUUUAAAAAUGAUAAAAGGAUAAGAAUAUUGUUGUUCCUGUGCUUGACUUCCUCAGCAGUGUGUAUUUAAAAAAGAAUGUAUUGUGACUGUUAUCACUCCAGAGAAAUGCAGCCAAUUAAAGAAUCUGCUCACCCAGGGAAACAUGGUAUCGUUUUGCACAAGUUUUCUGUGCAAUUUUGUUCGGGAUACAACUCGUUCUUGUGGAGCAAAUCAUCGAACUUCAACAAACCAGUUUUGACAUUCACACGUGGACAUCCUAAUCUGUCACUUCCCAAAA